UCUGUAAUUGCAUAAUAUGUUUGAUUUAGUAGAGGAAGAAAUAAUGCCUUCUGCUCUCUACAUGCAAUCUGAAUCAUUCAGAGAUUAUACAAGAUAUGAGACUACUGGUCUUGAUCUCAAUAUCGGCUAUUCGAUCCCACAUAUUCCCGUAUCGAAGAAUAGCCGUCCUACUUGUUUUGAUUUAGAUGAAACAAGAAGCCAUAAGAGGGUAAAACCGGGUGGCGUUGAAUCCAUUGGAAAUGGUAUUGGAUGUUAUGCUGUUAGCAGCAAUGGUGGGAGCAUCAAUGCUAAUUGCUUGAAUAGCUUGCCAAGACUCCACUUCAGGGAUUAUAUACGGGCUUACACAGAAAGGUACUUAGCGAUCGAAGCUAUGGAAGAAGCAGCUGCAGGCUUGAUGAUCAGCAAGAAAAAUGAAAUCAAGGAAGAAGACAUUGAUGGGAUGAAACUAGUGCAGCAACUCAUUGCCUGUGCUGAAGCUGUGGCUUGCCGCGACAAAACACAUGCUUCUGCAUUACUAUCUGAGUUGAGAGCUAAUGCCCUUGUCUUUGGAACAUCAUUUCAAAGAGUUGCUUCCUGCUUUGUCCAAGGGUUGUCUGAUCGGCUUACGCUACUUCAACCGCUCGGGGCUGUGGGAGUUUUAGGUCCUGCAGGAAAAACAAUCAGUUUUACAGCAGAGAAGGAUGAGGCCUUGCGUCUUGUCUAUGAAAUUUGCCCGCAGAUACAAUUCGGUUACUUUGUAGCGAAUGCAACCAUUCUGGAAGCCUUUGAGGGAGAGAGUUCUAUUCAUGUUGUGGAUUUGGGGAUGACUCUUGGCUUGCCCCACGGUGAACAAUGGCGCAACCUAUUACACUGCCUAGCCAACCGCCCUGAUAAAAAGCCUAGAUGCCUCCGAAUAACUGGUGUAGGAAACUCCACUGAGCGGCUUCAGGCACUAGGAGAUGAACUAGAUUGCUAUGCAAGAAGCUUGGGGUUGAACUUUGAAUUUUUGUGGGUGGAAAGCAGCCUUGAAAAACUGAAAAGUACAGAUUUCAAACUCCUUGAUGGUGAAGUCGUAAUCAUCAAUAGCAUUCUUCAGUUGCAUUGUGCAGUGAAAGAAAGCCGAGGAGCAUUAAACACAGUUCUACAGAUACUACAUGAGCUAUCACCAAAGCUUCUGAUUCUAGUAGAGCAAGAUUCAGGCCAUAACGGACCAUUCUUUCUGGGAAGAGUUAUGGAGGCACUGCAUUACUAUUCAGCUAUUUUUGACUCGCUAGACACAAUGCUGCCAAAGUAUGACACAAAGCGAGUGAAGAUAGAGCAAUUCUUUUAUGGAGAAGAAAUCAAGAACAUUGUCAGUUGUGAAGGACCAGCAAGAGUGGAACGACAUGAAAGGGUCGAUCAAUGGCGCAGGAGGAUGAGCAGAGCUGGCUUUCAGCCUGCACAAAUAAAAAUGGCAAUGCAGGCAAAGCAGUGGCUAGGAAAGGCUAAGGUUUGUGAGGGUUAUACAGUUACAGAAGAUAAAGGGUGCUUGAUUCUUGGAUGGAAAUCAAAGCCAAUAAUUGCAGCUUCCUGCUGGAAAUGCUGCUAACAUUGUUCCAUGCAGAAUUAACACUCUUUUCUGAUACUAUAUCAGCAGUGUCUGCCUGGAUUUGGAAUAAUAAUAAUAAUAAUAACAACAAUAAUCAUUGGAAUGUCUUAAACCUUUUCGUGUUCAAAU